AUGGAACAUCCUGCUUAUACUUUAUCUGCUCUUAACCUCAUUGGUGGUGCAAUUGCGUUUUCUCGUAAGGGAUCUGUGCCAUCCUUAGCCGCUGGCCUUACAUUAUCAGCAACUUAUUUAAGUGCCGGUUAUCUUCUUCAAAAGAAUGCUGAUUGGGGUUUGGAACUUGCCUUAGGUUCAAGUGUAGUUUUGUCUGUUGCAGGUCUUGUUAGAACCCUUAAGACGGAGUUCAAAAAACCAGUACCCAUGUCAAUCCUUGGUGUUGGGUUGCUUAGUUCCAGUUACUAUUUGUACAAAUAUAAUGAGUUCUAUCCAUUAUUUUAG